AUGAAUGGCGCCACGUGCACAACCGGCGACUUGACGCUCCAUAAUGUGAUGAUGAAAUCGCCCGUGUGGGCCAACUGCUCGACGUUCGUCGAACUCCCCGACGGCGCAACGAUCGUCAACAUCUUGCCCAUAGCAAGCGCCACCGCCACGUCCCUCCCGGCCGGAUUUUGCACCUCGACGUGCCCGCAGUAUCUCUUGUCUGUGGUGAAAUCGCUACCUUCGUGCACAUUGAACGGCAAGAACAUCUCGGACCCCUCGGUGCUCUCCACACUUUGCCCCAACGCCAAGCUCGAAAACAAGUCGGGCGCCUCGACGUUGAGUGUUUUCCUCUGGAGCUAUGUCGUUGUGUUUGUCACGGCCGUCGCAACCCUUUUCUAG